AUGGGGUGGUAUGAAGAAAAGCAUGGAGUUGGAAAAGCAGUUUCCAUGGGAGUGAAUUAUCCAGUCAGCCUGGAGUGGUUAAGGGAUAUAGAGGGUGAGAUCACUGAGGUGCAGUCACAGAGGCUGAUCAUUGUUUCACACCUACCAGCUAAGGUGGCUACCAAGGGCCACCCUCCUCUCUCUCCAGCUCCUAUUAUAAUUAUCUACCCAGACCUCAUCAGGCAUGAGAUGUUCUCCAGCAUCUACAAGAUCCAGAUCAUGGAUGGCCUGUGCCUGGAGAUAGAGGGGAAGAUAAUCAGUAGGACAGAGGGUGACAUUGAUGACUUGCUGCUCAUUGGUGGAAAUGCCGCUGCUGAAGGUCCUGAGGGCAAGAGUACCAAAAGCACAGAAAUCACUGGUGCUGACAUUGUCAUGAACCAUCACUUGCAGGAAACCAGCUUCACAAAAGAAGCCUACAAGAAGUGUAUCAAAGAUUACAUGAAAUCAAUCAAAGGCAAACUUGAAGAACAGAGGUCAAAAAGAUUAAAAUCUUUUAUGACAGGGGCUGCAGAACAAAUCAGGCACACCCUUGCUAAUUUCAAAAACUAUCAGUUCUUUACUGGUGAAAACAUGAAUCCAGAUGUUUGCUUUGCUGGACUACCGGGGGAUGGUGUAACCCCAUAUAUGAUUUUUUUUCAAUAAAAAUUUAUGAAAGUUUAAUGUUUUUUUAUUAUAUUAUGUUAGUCACCGUACAGUACAUCCCUGGUUUCUGAUGUAAAGUUCGAUGAUUCAUUAGUUGCGUAUAACACCCAGUGCACCAUGCAAUACGUGCCCUCCUUAAGGGUGUUUUAGAAAUGGAAAAAUGUUAAGGAGUUGGCUGUUACUUUGGCUGUAUCUCCUGUUGUCAUAACUGGCUGAUGCUCUUCAUCCACACAACACCAGGACUUAGACAAAUGGGAGUGAUGUCAUCUUGAGCUCUUCAUUUAUUUUUACCUUGAUUUAUUUGGAGUGGAAGAAUUGUUUUUAAGAAAAAACAGCAGGUCAUGUAGGUUGUCUAAAAAUAAAAUGCGUUUAAAUUCAUUUGAGAGAAUGUCUCAUGGUUUAAUACAUAUUUAAAUCCAUCCUGUGUAAUGUCCUGGAGAAGUUAGAGCCUGGUUGUAGACUACUGCUAGAAAACAUAAGACUGCCUGCAGAUAAUUUCUACACUGAAAAGUACUAUGGGACUGGUAUAUAAAAAACAAGAACCGAAAGUCUUAAUUCUGAGUUUAAGUAGAGGGAAAGACCAUGCUCAUAGCUGUGCCAACAUUUCAAGUGGAUUCCUUACACAUUUCAUUACCUACAAAUGGAAGUAGUCAACUCUGGAAGAGAUUACCAAAAGAAUAAAAAUAGCCUAAUACAGUUGGAAGCAAACACACACACACACACACACACACACACACACACA